AGAGCUUUUUUUUCUUCUUGGCAGGUCUGCGGAGAGAAGGAGCGCCGCUACUGCUGCCCGCGGUGCGGAAAGCUGACGUGCAGCCUUCCCUGCUACAAGCGGCACAAGAAAGAGGAGGGGUGCAACGGUAAGCGGGACAAGGUGGCGUUCGUUGGCCUGCGGGACUUCACCGAUGCACAUCUCAGAAGCGACUUUAACUUUCUGGAGGAUGCCAUGCGCUGCGUCGACGGAGGGAGACGCGAGCUGGCUCGAAGGUAGGCGAAAAUACGACAAAAAGGACAAUUAA